AUGGACGAGCAUGGAGAUGAUCCCAUUGGCCCAGAAAUGUCUGUAGAGUCUGUGCAUGGUCCUGGAAAUGCAUCUUUUAAUGAACAGGAACAGUCUGAGGAUAAUGCUCCACCGCAAGAUGAAAAUCCUUUUCUGCGACAGUUUAUUAAAAUGUUGCAAAGAAUAGCAGCACCUCCGCACCAUCGAGCACAGGAACCAGAAAUUGACAAAAACUAUGAGAGAGUUAGGAAACAAGGGGCAAAGACAUUUGGAGGUACUACAGAUCCUGCAGAAGCUGAAGAAUGGUUGAGAAAUACAGAGAGGGUUUUAGACAGAAUUGAAUGCGCUCCUCAGCAGAAGCUGAAAUAUGCAGUGUCACUGUUUGAGAAGGAUGCUUUGGAUUGGUGGGAAACAAUUCCAGGAAGCGGAAAUAGGCCAUUGACUUUAACCUGGGAUGAUUUCCUUAGAGAAUUUGGUGAGAAAUACAUGCCACCAGUAUAUCGUGAUAAAAAGAAAAUUGAAUUCAUGGAACUAAAGCAGAAUGAGUUAUAUGUGGCUGAAUAUGAACUUCAAUUUGUCAGAUUAUCAAAGUAUGCACCUGAGGAAAUAACUACUGAGGAAAGGAAAAGAAGUAAAUUUGAAAGGGGUUUGAACCUUGAUAUUCGAGAGAAAAUUGCUGUUAAGACUCCUACUUAUAGUGCAUUGAUUGAAGCCGCUUUGAGGGCUGAAGAAAUACUAGUUGAAAGGAGCGAGAUAGAGUCUAAAAAGAAGAAAAUGACUGGGAAUUUUAAUGUUCCUUCAAGACAUGGUAGUUCUUUUUCUUUUAGAGGAUCAAGUUCAAGUACUAGUGGCUAUAGAGGAAAGGGAAGAGGUCAGUCGAGUAGGCCAACCUCAAUGUCAUCUGGCAGAGGUGGAUAUACAUCUACUGGGUUUGAUAAUAGACAACGACCAACAAGGAGAGGUUUACUUGAAGAAUCUCAAGCUAUGGGUCAGAGUAGUGUGGGUGAAAAUAUGCACCAAGUGGGUGUAGGCCGGGGAAGAGGGAGAGGUAAUAGAGGAAGAGGAACAUCUUCAGCUAUACAGUCUGGAUAUACAGGCCAACCUCAUACCCAAGCCAGAGUAUUUGCAGUGACGAUGCAAGAUGCACCUACUGCACCUGAUGUGAUUACUGGUACAUUUUCUAUCUGUAAUUGUGAUGCACAUGUGUUAAUUGAUCCGGGAUCUACAUGUUCAUUCAUAUCACAUGAGUUUGCAUUACGUGUGCAUGGCAUAUUAGAACCAUUGGGACAUGAUAUAUAUGUUUCUAUGCCUGCUGGGGGUGUUAUUGUUGUAAAUACUAUGAUAAAAUCUUGUCCUAUGAUUGUGGAUGGUAUGACUUUACAAGCUGAUUUGGUGGUUAUUAAUUUGAGAGAGUUAGAUGUUAUAUUGGGUAUGGAUUGGUUGUCAAAACUUCAUGCCAUUGUUGAUUGUCAAACUAAAGAAGUAGUUAUGGAAAUUCAAGGGCAAAUGAAAACGAUGAUUGUUGGGGAAAGGAAAACAAUGCCUAAUUGUUUAAUCUCUGCUGUUACUGCAUUUCAUUUGAUUAAAGAUGGAUGUCAAGCAUAUUUGGCUAGUGUAAUAGAUAUGACUAAAGUUAGUCUGGGGGUUUCAGAAAUUCGAGUAGUGAGAGACUUUCCAGAUGUGUUUCUUGACGAAUUGCCUGGUUUGCCACCACAUAGGGAGGUUGAUUUUGAAAUUGAAACUAUACCUGGGUCAGCUCCUAUUUCUAUAGCACCAUAUAGAAUGGCUCCACUAGAAUUGAAAGAACUGAAGAAACAGUUAGAAGAACUGCUUGAUAAGGGAUUCAUCAAGCCAAGUAUUUCUCCCUGGGGCGCACCUGUGUUAUUUGUGAAGAAGAAAGAUGGUAGUAUGCGAUUAUGCAUUGAUUAUAGGCAAUUGAAUAAAAUUACUGUGAAGAAUAAAAAGUUUUUGACUCAACUUCAAACACGGAUAAUUUUAAUCCGACUUAACAACACCAGGCGAAGUAGCCUUCGUGGCUUGAUUUACUAA